AUGUCUUCUCCGUCACCACCUUCGUCUCCUGCUUCUACUUCUUCUUCGGGAUCUGAUUCUUCUGAUUCUGAAGAGUCCUUUGCUCCAGAAAUCGAACGCCUUCCAGAUUUCUCCCCAAAUCUGUCGGAAAUAAAAUCUCUUCCGGAAGAAGAGUCAGCCAAUGUUGAAAUCAACCUUGAUUCGAUUAUCACUAGGUUGCUGAAAUCUCGUGGCGGAAAAGCAGUGGAUCUUUCCCUCGAUGAGAUUCGAGGCCUUUGUCAAACAUCUCGCGAGGUUUUGCUUGAUCAGCCAAGUCUUCUCGAAAUCGAAGCUCCGGUGAAAAUUUGCGGCGAUAUCCACGGCCAGUAUUCGGACUUGCUUCGACUCUUUGAGAAAGCUGGUUUUCCGCCGGAGUCAAACUACCUUUUCUUGGGCGAUUAUGUCGAUCGAGGCAAACAGUCCAUCGAAACAAUUUGCCUUUUGCUCGCUUACAAAAUCAAAUAUCCAGAGAACUUCUUCCUUCUCCGCGGUAACCAUGAGUUCGAUCAAGUCAAUUACCAAUACGGUUUCUAUGACGAGUGUAAACGACGAUAUAACAUCAAGCUCUGGAAAACAUUCCAAGACUGCUUCAGCUGCCUCCCACUCGCGGCAACAAUCGAUGACAAGAUCUUCUGCUGCCACGGCGGCCUGAGCCCCCAUCUCGAGACCAUGGAACAAAUCAGACGAAUAGAGCGUCCAACAGAUGUUCCUGGAGAGGGUCUUGUUUGCGAUCUCCUCUGGUCGGAUCCCGACAAAGAUGCAAAGGGAUGGGAGCAUAACAGUGCUAGAAGCUGCGCUUACAGAUUCAAUGCAGAAAUGGUUGCCGAGUUCUUGCAGAAAUAUGACUUUGAUUUGAUCUGCAGAGCCCACGAAGUCAAAGAAGAUGGAUACGAAUUCUUCGCGAAUCGACAGCUUGUUACAGUUUUCUCCGCGCCAAACUAUUGCGGCAACAUGGAUAACGCAGCAGCUAUUCUAUCCGUCGAUGAAAAUCUUCUCUGCUCAUUUCAGGCAUGGUCAUAA